AUGUUGUCCCACGUAAUGGUUGGCUCGAAUGAUAUCGAGCGCUCUCAGCGUUUCUAUGAUGCUGUGCUUGGAACUCUUGGAGUCGGUGAACCGCUGGUCAACAAAGCAAGUUCUGGUCAUACCCGGUUUUUCUAUCGUCAUGAUGGCUCCACCUUUUCUGUCACCGAGCCAAUUAACGGCGAGAAGGCUACUCCUGGAAAUGGCUGCACUGUCGCCUUCAGCUGCAAGUCACCUGAGCAGGUUCGUGUGUUCCAUGACACGGCGCUUGCACAUGGUGGCAAGUCCAUCGAAAACCCCCCGGGCCUCCGUGAAGGUAGCCUUGGGCCAAUGUACCUUGCCUAUGUGCGUGAUCCAGACGGAAAUAAGCUCUGCGCGAUCUAUCAUGGCAGCGACAAAGAUGGCGCUUAG